CGUUACCGAAUCAUACAUAACGCCUAGUGACGACAACAUUCUUUCGAAGUAUAUAUUCAAUCUUUGUGCUCGUUCUUGCAGUUCGUAAACAUUAUAAUUUUGUUGUUGCUUAGAAAGCCAUGGUUGAGUAGCAAUGUCAAAUAUACUUCUUGAAUGGUAUAAAAGAAGGUUAGAAAGCGAACGUUACCAUACGACAUCAAUAGAUUACAACACUACAAUACUGAACAAUAUGGCGAAUACCAGUACGUUAUCAGCAUCUCCAUCAUCUACAACCGGCGGAACCGGAAACAAACUAGCGCAAGAAAUACAAGAUGAAUUCCUCGUCUGUAAAAUAUGUCUGGAGGUGUAUAAACAUCCAAAAUGUUUGGACUGUCCUCAUACAUUUUGUGAGGCUUGUAUUGAUAAUCACGUCAUGUCCGAAUGUUCGUACAAAAAGUAUAGCGAUUACAGGGAUUUUACCUGCCCAAUCUGUAGGAAAAGGACCCAACUACCGCUAGGUGGGGCGAAGAAGCUUCCAGCAAAUUUCCUUGUUUCCGGUCUUUCAGAAGUGGUUGGACGACAAAAACCCUCCAAAUACCCGUACUGCGAUUUUUGCAAAUUGGUCAAUCAUAAACACAGAGAAGCAACAUCAAAAUGUUUAGAUUGUAAUAAAUUGUUAUGCAAGUCAUGCGUAGAUUUACAUAAGGAAACAAAAGUUACAAAGGGUCAUAGCAUUUUUGAUGUAGAAAUUGAAAAAGAUAUCGUAUGCAAAGAGCAUUCGGAAGAAGUAGUUCGAUUUUAUUGUGAGCCAUGUGAAACAUGCAUUUGCGUUCUUUGCACGUUCAACGAGCACAAAGAUCAUGAAAUAACCCAAUUUUCGGAGGCAGUGAUCAAAUACAAGGAGACGCUUCAGCAGUUGUUAGACAAUUGUAAAUCAAAGAUCACUGGAUACGACGUCCAACUUGAAGCAUUAUCGAAAUGUGAUACUGUCAUUAAAGCAGCCGAACAAAGUAUACGUGACUCGGCCAUUCAGUAUAUCAGCGACAUCAGAGCAAAGGAAAAACAACUGGUUGACGAUCUGCACGAGACUUACGGCAGUGACGUCAUGGACUAUGUUUCGAAGCGUACUGAUAUGCAGAUGAACAUCGAUAGUUUAAAAAGUACUUGUAAUUUGACCGAACUCGUUUUGAAAGGUAAAGACAUUGAACUGCUUUUGUUGAAAAAACAAGUCCAGGAGAAACUCUCUUCUUUAUCAGAUAUUGAGUUAAGGGAUCUACCACCCACUGUAAAUAAACAAAUUGCAUUUGUCCCAGGAGUAAUUAACUUUGGAGAACUUUGCGAAAGCGAUAAACCUAUUUGAACCGUGCU